AUGCGUCCAAAUGUCUUCGCGAUAGGCGUUUUUUUUUCAAUAACCACAGUACUUGCUGAAGACUUUGUGCAGAGGCUGCCCAGCCUACAAAGUUGUGACUUACGAGGCGGAUUGCAAAUAGAAGACGAAGGAGAUAAGUGUCCGCCUUGCUUCAACUGCAUGCUGCCAAUUUUUGAGUGCAAGCAGUUCUCUAAAUGUAACUCUAAUACAGGAAGAUGUGAGUGCCUAGAAGGUUUUGGCGGCGCAGACUGUUCUGCUCCUUUAUGCGGGGCACUAUCCAAAAAUAACGAUGACCGACCGCUCCGCGGCAACGAUACGCAGAGCUGUAAGUGUGAGCCUGGCUGGGGCGGCAUCAACUGUAAUAUAUGUGAAGAAGACUCUGUUUGCGAUCCAUUUAUGCCUGAAGGGUUAAAGGGUACAUGCUAUAAAGAUGGAAUGAUUGUGAACAAAUUCCAUCAAGGAUGUGAUGUCACUAAUGAAAAAAUCGUCCAAAUAUUGAAUGGCAAGAAGCCACAAGUUACGUUUUCCUGCAGCAAAAGCUCAGAAGAGUGCAACUUCCAAUUUUGGAUUCAAGAAAUAGAGAGUUUCUACUGCGGUUUGAAUGAAUGCGAGUUUCAGCAUGAUUUAAGCAACAAUGUGUCGCACUACCGCUGUGAAAACGUGCAAUGCAAGUGCGUCCCUGGUGAGAUGCUUUGUGGCCAGAAAGGAUCUAUCGACAUUUCUGAAUUCUUAACGGAAACCAUCAAAGGGCCCGGGGAUUUUAGCUGCGACUUAAAGACAAAAAAGUGUAAGUUCAGCGAGCCUAGUAUGAAUAAUCUAAUUACAACAGUUUUUGGUGAUCCCUACAUCACACUACAAUGUGAGUCUGGGGAGUGCGUACACUACAGUGAAAUUCCCGGAUACGAGCAGCCGUCCAAAGACAAACUGUCGCUUUUUCAAAUCAUAGUUUUAUCAGCAACUUCUAUGGUUGUAGUGGUUCUGACGUUGCUUGCCGUCAUUUUUGUCUCCAAAAGUCCACUCUUCAAAAGCACGCCUGUACAGCUGGAGGACGAUGACAGCAAUGACUUUGAUUUUCUCAAAUUUGGAGUGAGGUCAACGCUUACUUUCGAAGAUAUCAGCUAUAGCAUUACCUCCAAUAAAAAAGAAAUCAAUUUGUUGAACGGAAUAAGUGGUUCUGUGAGGCCUGGUGAAAUAAUGGCUCUAAUGGGGGGUUCUGGUGCUGGGAAAACAACAUUAUUAGAUAUUUUGGCCAUGAAGGAAAAGGCCGGGAAGGUUUCGGGGUUAAUUAAGGUCAACGGCAAAGGUGUUACAAAGCAAAACCUCGCAGAAAUUAUUGGCUUCGUUGACCAGGAGGACUUUCUUUUGCCUACUUUAACUGUUUAUGAGACUGUUUUGAAUAGCGCACUUCUUCGCUUACCUAGAAAGAUGAGUUUUACGGCAAAGCAAAAGCGAGUCUACCAAGUUCUCGAGGAACUCCGCAUCAUAGACAUCAAAGAUCGCAUCAUUGGUGAUGACUUUGAUAGAGGCAUCAGUGGCGGAGAAAAAAGAAGAGUUUCUAUCGCUUGUGAGCUCGUCACGUCCCCCUCAAUCUUGUUUUUAGACGAGCCGACCUCUGGUUUAGACUCAAACAACGCUAACAACGUUAUCGAGUGCUUAGUUCGCCUUGCGCUACACUAUAACAGAACUUUAGUUCUCUCUAUUCAUCAACCGCGGUCAAACAUUUUCAAAUCUUUUGAUAAGCUCGUUCUGCUUAGCCAAGGCGAGAUGGUUUUUUCUGGAGCUGCUACGGAUGUGAGCGAGUUUCUACGCAAUAACAAUUAUAAUUGCCCGUCUGAUUACAACAUAGCGGAUUACCUAAUAGACAUUACGUUUGAAUCCACAAAGCCGGGCAUCAUGUCUCCAUCAUAUCCCGGGGAUAUUGAAGCAAAUUUGCAUGAUCACCCGAGCCACUUUCCGCCUCAUAUGGAUGGUAGCGAUGGAAGGAAAGACUCUGUAACAGCAACUCAAAGUGAAUGGGAGCAUUACGCGGUGCAUAGGGACGAAUUGCGUUCUUUACUUGACCAAAGGGAUGAAAACGACAAUGAUGUUGGCCUUUUAAACACAAAGCUCCUGCAUGCUAAGUUCAGAGAGGGCCAAUACUUCUCCAGCCUCCUCCAAGAAAUUGAGAGCACAAAAGCUUCACCAACUUCUACGGAAGUUGAGGUUUUCAGCAGGGUCCAAUCAGCAUCUUUCAAAGAGCAAUUGUUUAUUCUCUUGUCGCGCACCUUCAAAAAUAUUUACCGAAACCCUAAAUUGUUGCUGGGGAACUAUCUCGUGACUAUCUUAAUGGGUUGCUUCCUUGGCUCGCUUUAUUAUAACGUUGAAAAUAACAUCAGUGGGUUUCAAAAUCGGCUAGGCUUGUUCUUUUUCAUAUUGACUUACUUUGGGUUUUUGACUUUUACAGGGCUGACUUCAUUUUCUUUGGAAAGAAUCAUAUUUUUGAAAGAGCGGUCAAAUAACUAUUACUCACCAAUGGCCUAUUACAUCAGUAAGAUUCUGAGCGACGUUUUGCCUCUGAGAGUCGUGCCCCCAAUUCUUCUGGCCCUGGUAGUGUAUCCAACAGUGGGGCUAAACAUGAGCAACAAUGCGUUUUUCAAGUUUGUUUUGAUUUUGGUUCUCUUCAACGUUGGGAUUUCUUUAGAGAUUUUGACUGUUGGGAUAAUAGUUGAGGAUCUCAACAACUCCAUUGUUAUAAGCGUUUUAAUUUUACUAGCAUCUUUGCUUUUCAGUGGACUUUUCAUCAACACGAAAGACAUCAGCAACAUCGCAUUUAAGUACUUGAAGAACUUGUCGAUAUUUUACUACGCAUAUGAGUCUUUGAUCAUUAACGAGGUGAAAUCGCUUAUCCUCAAAGAAAGGAAGUAUGGGCUCGACAUUGAAGUGCCAGGCGCUACCAUUCUGAGCACUUUCGGGUUCCUUGUUCAGAACUUCCUGCUAGAUAUUAAAUUGCUUGUUGCAUUCAACAUCAUGUUUUUGGUUCUGGGAUACCUGGGCUUGCAAUUGAUAGUUAUAGAAAAAAAAUGA